CAUUGUUCAUUCAUUCCUGAAGUGUCACAAGCACAUGCGGUCCUUGGCGAAAGUGUCCAUGCUGCUGCCGGACAGAGAUUUCCCUUUUCUGGAGAAGUCAGUUGCCUCAACCAUGGCUCGUCUGGCAAGAGUCUUCGGCGAGCUUUGUUACAAGCGAAUGGAUUGAACAAAAAGUUCUUUUGAAACUCAGCAGUGGCAGUGGCAGGUUGCACUGAACUGUCGACACAGUUGUGUGGAGUGACUUCGCAGUCACUACCACUAUUUAUCGAGCUAAAAGCUUCGUCCGCUGUUUUGCACCAAAUACUAGCUCAAUAUCAUGAGAACCGUCUUCUAGUUCUCGUUUGACACCAACCCCUUUGAUAGUAUUUGAUGGUGCACAGCGCACUGUUGUGGAUUUUCGGCUCAGGAUGCGUUUCUUUUGUUAUAUGCAGCACGUUGUUCUGAUGGAAGCAGCUUAUUCGACUGAAUCCGCAUGGUUGAAUGGCUUCGUCCCACAGAUUUGUGAGAAGCUGAGGGAACGCCUCGUUGCACACCGGGGAUUUCAUUGCCCACUGCUCUCCUCAGAUCGGCCGUUGGAAUGCACAAAGCCUGCUUUGAAGAUAGCUUGGGAUUCUGGUCUGCGUUACUGUGAGUGUGAUGUACGUUUGAGUUCAGAUGGGAAGAUUAUGUUGCUUCACGAUCCAAACCUGGACAAAUUGGUGGAAGAAUCUGCCAAGCCUACGCCCAAUGCGAAUGAGAUAACGGCGGAGGAUUUAAUCAGCUGGCCUUUGCUCCAAAAAGACGUUCAUUUGACCUACUUAGAAGACGUGUUGCUGACUGCUCUAGAAAGCGGAAGUCGCCUGGUGAUCGAGCUGAAAGGAAGUCCAGGAUCUCCCACUGUGGGAUCCGCUGUGGCCAGGCUCUUGCAGGGCAAUCCGCAAUUGCUAGAGGCGUGCGCUUUGGUGAUGUCGUUUGAAGUUCCAGAGCUUCUGGGCUUUGCCGAUGCUUGGGAUGAGAGCAUUGCCGAGACAUCUCGGCCAAAGCUGCUCUUGUUAACUGCCAUUCCACGGGAGAACCUCGAGGCGAAAUAUCAAACGCUGGACCUUGGAGACUCUGCAUGGCCAGAGAAAGCCGCCACGUUCUUGGCCCGAAAGGACUUGUUACUAGAUGGCUUCUAUAUCGAGUGGACCGAGAAACUGUCGAAUGACAACCAAGAAGCUCUCAGAAAGCUUUGCCACGCGGAUGUUUGCAGCAUUCACAACAAAGUCAGAUACAUACCUUAGUCACAUCUAUGAUUCACCAUGAGCUGGCACAUGUUGGUACAAUGUUUUUGAUGCAAUAGUUACUAUAGUUCAUCUCCACAUGCAUGGAUUGGAUGCAACAAUUGUACCAUUCAAUGGAGGUCUUAUGCUGACCCUGACCCAAUAACAUGUUUGUGUUUGCUAAGCUUUGCUGGGCUCUUUUUGAAGCUACCCUGUCCCACCCAUCCCCGAAAAGACUUAGGCGUUUUAAACAAUUAGGCAUAGGCUUUAUGGAUCUUAAUAUUCAUUCUUUGUCGGUUUGGAAGGAAUGCAGUAGCAUUAUUUGGGUGUGUUGUGCUUGUUGUUUGAAUUUAUCCUCCACUAUGACUCACUUUCUCAUGUUCCAAGCUCGGUGAAUUAAGGCCAAAUGUGCACUGUCGGUGUGUGGCAGCAUUUUGGCCAAACUGAUUCCCACGAGGAGGCUUCCCGUUUAAUGGACCUUGGUGCAAGCUUUUGUAAUACUGAUCUUCCUCGAGGCUUCCUCCGAGGAUCCUGAGUCUUCAAGCCAUACGGCUUGGAAAAUGCAUCAGGAAGCAUUGGAACUGCACGAAAGUUAGAAGGACUGGUG